CAUGGAGGCGGUCAACGUGUUGUUACUGUCCUCUGUGCUGUUUACACUCUCGCCACUUUCUGGGGCAUUUGCUGCCUGCAACAACAGUGUAGUCGUUGUCACGCCUGACUUUGUCAACAUAACGUCCCCUAACUACCCUGACCAGUUUCCAAAUAACCUAGACUGUGGGUGGAUAUUCCGAGCCCGGGAUCCAGGCAAUAUGGUCAUUGUGGGAAUAGCUGAUAUGUCAAUUGUCAGGUCAACAAAUUGUUCCAUGGCACGUCUCACAGUCUAUGAUGGAGCGAACUGGACGGCCCCAGUCAUCAACAUAUAUUGUGGACAUAGCAAAGACUCCAUAGCAAGUACUGGAGACAGCCUGUUCGUUAGGUUCCAGACGGGAACAGCAGGCCACGGACACGGAUUCCGACUUGUCGUAACUGAAAUGCCAAAAUGCACUGGGAAUCUUACUGCUUCGUCGGCUGCGCAAACGCUGCAGUCGCCAUUUUACCCUCUCCAAUAUUUCAGUAACCUUCAUUGUAAAUGGACAAUUACAGCUGAAUCCAACAAAACGAUCAUUAUCAAAGUGGUAGAUUCUCAGAUUCAACCAAGCUCUGGGUGUACGGCUGAUUAUGUCUCUGUUUAUAACGGGAAUGACACCACAGCAUCCAACCUAUUGGGCGCCUUUUGUAAUGACAACACACCUAUAUACCAGACCGGUUUAAACAAAGCGCUUAUUGUUUUUGAAACCGACAAUUUCUUUGUAAUGAAGGGCUUUAAACUGACUUACAAAUCCGUCCCAAGUUCUAGCUGCUCUGUUAUCCUUCAAGCUGAUGAAACACCUCCCAAUUACAUUGUUUCACCUGGCUACCCGAAUGCAUAUUACAACAACCUUGACUGCGUCUGGACUAUCAUCUCUCUUCAAAACAAAAUUGAACUGGAUGUUGUGUCAUCAGAUGUAGAAGGUCCUUACCCUGCUUGUGGACAUGACGUUGUUACUGUCUACUCAGGUCAACCUCCGGACGGUUACAAACUUGGAAAGUUCUGUGGUAACACAAGUAAUACAACAUUAUUUGCAACAAAUUCAAAUAUAAUGACGCUGAAGUUUAAAACCAACACUGCUGUCGUGAGACGUGGUUUCAAGUUACGCUAUCAUGCCUUCUCUGGAACUGCGCCCACUAAGCCGCCGCCACCAGCUCUUCCAUGUGGGAACGGAAGUUACACCAUAGGAACUACAUUGACCAACCAUUCACUCAUAUCACCUGGUUACCCCGAGGGUUAUAACGGGAAAGCAAACUGUUCCUACUUCAUCACCGGGCCAUCCAACACCAUGAUCCACGUCAAGGUUACAGAUUCUAGCCUUUCAGCGGGACCAUUCUGUGACGAGGAUUACGUCGAAGUGUAUGACGGUGGGAAAUUGUUGACAGUGUGGUGUUCUCAACAAAGACCUGAAUUUCAGACCACAGGAAAUCAAGUAAACCUCAGAUUCAUAGCAGAUGGUUCAUCAAGAUAUAAAGGCUUUAACCUGACGUACUCUGCCACGACAGUGCCCUACUCUUGCGGAAAUCAGCUGACAGCUACCACGACAACAAGCUAUCUCAGAUCACCCAACUAUCCAUAUCAGUAUCAGAACAAUGAAGACUGUCAGUGGAACAUGACUACAUCGGAGAAAAAUAUCAAGUUGACAAUUAAACUGAUGGAGCUACAGGGUGGAGCUAACUGUUCAUACGAUUACAUAGCUGUGUAUGACGGUUCGUCGACCUCUGCACAGAUGUUGGGAAAAGUCUGUUCCACGGCCACACCUUCUUUUACCAGUUCUGGUCCCAAUGUGUUCAUCCAUUUUCACACCGAUGGUUCCGCUGCUUAUGGUGGCUUUAAAAUGGCAUAUAUUGCAGGGAAUUUUUCCGUUUGUGGUGAAACGGACCUUGUCGCUCCAUUCACUGGCUUUAAUAACCUCAAGUCACCAGGAUAUCCGUUUCAUUACCCGAGCAAUACGGAGUGUGUAUGGACAAUCCGCACAUCCAGCUCAUCUUAUAUUGUGUCACUCACCGUGGCCGAGUCCUCCUUGGAAUACAGCUCUGGUUGCUUCAACGACUAUGUGCAAGUCUACGAUGGUGGAAGUACUUUAUCUUCAUCACUGGGGUGGUUUUGUGGGACUCAGGCUCCACGGUAUCAAAGCUCUGGCCGCUAUAUGACAGUGAAGUUCCAAUCCAAUGGCGUCAACAACGACAAGGGCUUCAGACUUGUGUAUACAGCUGAUCUUUUCCGAUCCUACAAUUCACCGUCCAGUCUGAGUAUUAAAGUUGGCGCAAGUGUCGGUGGAGGGGCGUUCCUGAUUGUCGUUGCUGUCGUCGUGUUUGUCUACAUCAGACGGAGACGUCGAGGACCGACCAAGCGGAGAUUCUAGUUCAUGUCGAAACUUUUGUGACGUCAUUUGUUUCGUUGAACGUCAUUUGAGACGCUGCGAAAA